AUGCGCUUUAAAAUUCAGAGAGAAGAGCUCAGGCGCGUGCACAUGUACGAAAUGAAGGGGGAAUUUAUCGAGGCCUCAAGCCUGCAGAUUUCAGCGGAGAAAGAUACCAUGAGAUUCGGCCGAGUCUAUCUCACGGGGGAGGAAAAGCCCGCCCCAGAGGCUCUUGUUCUGGAGGUUUCAGAAGGAGAAAUGCGGCCGUACGCAGUGAUUACAGGACACUCGGCCUUUUUUGGGCGCCCUCGGUACGCGGUAAAGCCCCCAAAAGACGACCCCAAGGCAGCAGGCAGUAGCAAGCGAUAA